AUGUAUAGAAUUACGUUACUUUGUGUGUCUUUGGUGGUUUGUGCUAAUAAUUAUCAAAACAUACCAGAUUAUGCAUUAAGGCUUGAACAACAAGUAGUGAAAUAUGGAUACCCAAUAGAAGUCCAUCAAAUCAUCACCGAAGAUGGAUACAUUCUUGCCGCCUAUAGAAUACCUCACGGUUUAAAUAAGGAAGUACCCGAAAACAAGAAUAAAAGCGUGGUUUUGAUAGCCCAUGGACUGGGUGGUUCGCCCCAUAAUUUUCUUGUUUUAGGCAAAAAAAGGGCAGUUCCUUAUUAUUUCGCUGAUCAAGGAAUGGAUGUUUGGCUAUUUUCGGGCAGAGGUAGCGAUAUUCCUUUUAAAAAAUCGCAUGUGAAAUUAGAUUGGAAUAAAGAUUCUGCUUUCUGGUUGCACAGUUUCCAUGAACUGGGCAUAUACGAUUUGGCAGCUACAAUCGAUUUUAUUUUAAAAUGUACUGGACAAAAAAAAGUUACACUGAUUGGACACUCUGCAGGGGGUGCUGAAUUUUUUGCUUUGUUGUCCGAGAAACCUGAGUACAACCAAAAAGUGAAGCUAGCGAUAACGUGGGGUAGUUCUGCUAUAUUAAGACGUGUGGAUUAUCCAUUUCUGGUUUUGGGUACGCACCUUGGGGAUUUUUUAAGAACUGUAGUGAAAUUCUUAAGAAUGGCCCAAGUGAUGGUACCAGGCGCAGUCAAAUCCACUUUGAUCGAGAUAUUUUUAAGAAAACCCCCAUUAUGGUAUAAGGUUGUCAAGUAUAUCUUAAAUAUUAUCGGCAGUCACAAUUCUGUAAUGAUGCGGGAUGAGUAUAUUCCUACAAUUUUAAGCAACAUACCGAGGGUGUCUACGAGAGAACUUCUUCAUUUUAUGGAUAAUGUGCAUAAUGGUACUUUCAGAAAAUACGAUUAUGGUCCUAAAGGAAAUCUCAAACAUUACGGCCAAGCAGAUCCUCCUCAUUACAAUUUAUCAGCUGUGACAGCUCCUAUUGCUUUCUUUGACGCUGAAAAAGAUGGUUUUUUAUCUAUAGAAGACAUUUACGAAUGUAUCCAGAAACUCCCCAAUGCAGUUCACAUCUACAAAGUACCCUUUCGAAAGUUCACUCAUACGGAUUAUAUUUUCGGUUACAAUGCUACUGAAUUGGUUUACGAGCCAACGUAUCAGAUGAUUAAAAGAAUUGAUAGUGGUAUUAUUCCUCCUCGUGUUGAAGUACCUCCUGGUUAUCAUUAA